UGGAACGCUUCCUUUGCCGACGAAGAGUGCGACAUGACCGGCGCAAGGAUGGCACGCCGUUGGGCAUGUGCAGCCACGAUGACGUGCCUUCUCGCGGCGAUCCAAGCGUCAAUACACGUUGUAAAUGGACCAGCCAUCGGAUGGAAAGCCACGGAGCGCAUGUUUGCCAACGCCCCUGGCGCCAUCACCUCGAUAAUUCGCGUCGACUUCAAUGCAACGCCCGUUGACGCCGCGGACAUCCCUUCCGACAUGGAAUUCGCUGUCGCUGUGUCAAUAUUUGACGUAGCGGAAGGUUCGGUGCCUCCCAUGGACUAUUGCGCCGAGAACUACGCGGAAAGCGACCACGGGCACGUGGUUGGCCGCGUGUUCACCAACUCGACAGCGCUGGACGUCCACGGUAGCAAACAAUUUGCCGUGCAGCACACGGGGGCGCAAGUCGUGGUCGUGACAACGUGCAUGCGCCCCAAAUUCACGUUUGAUGACAAUUCGACCCUCGACAUGUUUCCAUUCCAAGAGUAUCAGGGCGACGUCGUGUACUCCAUUGCCGCGUCCAUGUCGUUCUUGAACUCGUAUGGGUACCUUCCCGGCCUCAUGUGGGGCUUGCUUCCGUUCAGUGCUGUCCUUGUGGUCGCGUACGUGUCGGCAGUGUCGGUCUUUGCCGGCUUGUACUGGUGCCAUCGGUCGUCGCUGCUUCGGCUGCAUUCGUUCAUGUUGGUCGUGCUAGUCUUGAUGACAGUGGAAUCGCUGCUGUGGUGCAUCACGUACUUUGGCUUGAACGCGACGGGCCAAGCGCUGUGCUGCCCGUACCCGCCGAUGGUGCUCGUCGCGACCGCUUUCAAAGUUCUCUCGAAGCUCGUGGCCCGCGUGCUAACCACGAUUUUAUGCCUUGGCUACGGCCUCGCCCGGCCUCACUUGACUAUCUCGGAGACGGUCGUCGUGACGGGGCUCUCGCUGUGUUAUGUCGUAUCGACCGGUGUGCUCGAGGUUGUGCAUGUUUCCAACCAAGCCAAGGGCAGCGCCGAGCCACCGUUCAUUUGGGAACUUCUUGCGGUCGCCACCGACUGCUGCUUUGCCGGAUGGAUCUUUUCGUCGCUCAUGGUGACGCGCCGCACCCUGCGUGCUACCCGCCAGACGUCCAAACUGCGCAUGUACAACCUCCUCUUUGGAGUGCUCCUCGCCUUUGUCGCGUUUGCGUUUGCGUUGACGCUGCUAGAGAACGCCGUAUAUGCCAAGCAAGUGCCGACGUUUUCGUGGGAGUACUUGUGGCUGCUGUGGGCCGCGAGCCGCGUGCUCACUUUGGCGCUCGUCGUGACGCUGUCGGUGCUGUGGCGGCCCAAGCAAACGAGCGUCCUCAUUGCGCACUCGCACCAAUUGCCUUCGUGUGAAGAUGGAUCGAUCGAUCAAGCGGGCCAAAUUCAGUCGGAAGUCCACGAAAUCAUCAUGGAAGACGACGUAGCGGGCGACACUGCGGCAGCAUCCGACCGGUCCAAAGAAAGCCGUAGUGGGGGCGGUGCCAACGACGACGGCCGCAAGGCCGUGGACGCGGCGUGAGCAUGCCCGAUUCCGUCGGCGGACGCCCCCGACUUGUACGAAUACGUGAAGUAAAUGUGUUUAUUCGAACUCUCGGCAGCGUGGGUGUCCAAAUGGUUUGCACUCGUUAUGUCGCACGUCGUGCGAGGUUGUUCUCUCUGGUCUAUCGAUUCAUCUAAUGCCGCCGCCACCUUACUGGAUCGUGCAGCAGCCCGGGGCGGGCGGCGCGGCGCCGACCGUCGCCUGCGCUGCCCUUGAGUAAUGCGUAAACUUGGAAUAUGUGAUCUCGUGGAGCGGGACAGCGCUGUCCUUUUCGUCGACAAACGAGAGUUUCUUGCCGGUCCGUGGUCGAUUCCACGGGUUCUCGUUCUUGUACGAGCUCUGUUUCCUAAGGCCGUCGUUCCGGUGGACUUGGGACCCGGGCGAGUCGACGGGUGGGCCGACGCGCGGCACCAUGGUCGACGACUUGUCGUCAUCUUCGUUGUCCAGUUCGUCGGGCUGGUCAGAGCCACCGUCGUCUGUGGUCGCGCCGCCUUCGCGCCGACUCGUGUUGCUGCUGGUGGUGGCCGUGCUUCCGAGACUGUUCAUGUGGGCGGGGAAGCUUUGUUCGGACGCUACUUUUGCCAUUCGAAGAGGUUGUUGCUGGAGCCGUCGAUCCCACACCACUUCAUCUACAGUCGUGCAGGCUGUCGGGGUCGGCGGACGAGCGGCGAGGGGCGUCUCGAGUCGGUUUGGACGCGGUGGAUGGUGCUGCUCGUGGCUGCCUUUCUCCACGAUGCCACUGGCAAAUAUGGGGCGCUCCCACGGCC